AUGGCAUCUGCUGCGGUUGACCUUAAAUCUAUCGAGACUCGCCUGUUCAUCAACAACGAGUUUCUCCCAUCAUCGAGUAACAAAACAUUCAAAGUGGUAUACCCCUACACGAAAGAGGUUGUCGCCGAAGUCCAAGAAGCCGACACCAAAGAUGUCGACAAUGCCGUCGCCGCUGCUAACGCAGCCUUCCCUGCCUGGCGCGAUCUAGGCGUAGAACAGCGCGGCCAUUACCUCCGCAAACUAUCCCAGCUAAUCCUCGAGUCAGUCGACGAUCUAGCAAAGCUAGAGGUCCUAUGCAUUGGUCGCCCAUUGACACAACUCUUCGAUCCCGGCUUGGCAGCUGAAUACUUUCGCUAUUUCGCUGAUGCAGGCUGGAGCGCACAGGGUACAGCCAGUCUCAACACGCCUGACCAUCUAAACCUGACUGUCAAGCAACCGUUUGGCGCGGUAGCGCUGAUCAUUCCCUGGAAUUUUCCUCUUAUCAUGUUUGCCGGUAAAAUGGCGCCGGCCUUGGCUGCUGGUAACACAGUCGUGUUGAAAAGCAGCGAGAAAGCGCCCUUGACAUCCCUCUAUAUGGCAAAAUUAAUCCAAAAAGCGGGCUUCCCCCCAGGCGUCGUAAACAUCCUCUCAGGCCACGGCGACCCAGCCGGCUCAGCACUAGCAUCGCACAUGGGUGUGCGAGGCAUAAGUUUCACAGGCUCCUCGCUAACAGGUCGAAAGAUCCAAGUCGCAUCCGCAAAAUCAAACAUGAAGCACGUCCACAUGGAACUAGGCGGUAAAACGCCCGCAAUCGUCUUUCCAGACGCAGACAUCGCCUCAGCAGCGGCCCAAACCCAAUUCAGCAUCCAGUUCAACAGCGGCCAGAUCUGCGUUGCAAAUUCCCGAAUCUACGUGCAUGAAUCGAUCUCGGACGAAUUCAUCAAAUCGUUCCGUGAGCAUUUCGCUGCUAUUAAGAUGGGGGAUCCUAUGGAUCCGUCGGUUGGACAUGGGCCGCAGGUUGAUUUGAUUCAGUACGAGCGGAUCAAGGAGUAUCUUGCUAUUGGGGAGAAGGAUGGGAAGAUGACUGUUGGUGGGAAUGCGAAUGAUGGGCUGUUUGUUAAGCCGACUGUGUUCGAGGGUGUUCCUGAGGAUUCGCGGUUGAUGCAGGAAGAGGUUUUUGGACCUGUUGUUGCCAUUAAUACCUUUUCUACUGAGGAGGAGGCGAUCGCCAAGGCUAACAACUCUGAGUUUGGUUUGUAUGCUUCUGUUUUCACGAAGGAUCUUGAUCGGGCUGUGAGGGUUUCGAAGGCGCUGGAUGCUGGCACUGUUGGUGUUAACUGUACUAGUCCUACAGGGGCGAAAGAUUGUCCUUUCGGUGGCUUCAAGUCUAGUGGUACUGGUCGCGAGGGGUUGCUGCAUAGUCUUGACAGUUUCCUUGAGGUCAAGACUAUUUUGAUCAAGACGGCGGCGCGUCUGUGA